UAUGUGAUGACCUCGUAUAUAUACGUGUAUUCGAAAGACGGCAGAAAUUUUGACAGCAGCUUGGGAAAAGAGAUCAGAAGAAGAUGCAGAUCUUCGUGAAAACCCUAACCGGCAAGACCAUCACCCUUGAGGUCGAGUCAAGUGACACUAUCGAUAAUGUCAAAGCAAAGAUUCAGGACAAAGAAGGAAUUCCUCCGGACCAGCAGAGGUUGAUCUUCGCCGGAAAACAGUUGGAAGAUGGUCGCACUCUUGCUGACUAUAACAUCCAGAAAGAGUCAACCUUGCAUCUUGUUUUGAGGCUUCGCGGUGGUAUUAUUGAGCCGUCUUUGAUGGCAUUGGCCAGGAAAUACAACCAGGAUAAGACAAUUUGCCGCAAGUGCUAUGCACGUCUACACCCUCGUGCUGUUAACUGCAGGAAAAAGAAGUGUGGACACAGCAACCAGUUGAGGCCAAAGAAGAAGAUCAAGUAAACUGUUCUGAUUGCAGGAAGGAAUUUUUUGUUGUCAAUGGAUUACUGGAAUGUGUUUUGAUUAUUAGUUUCUUAGUAUUAUAUGAAACCCGUUGGAAGUUGAACUGGCAGUUUUUGUCUAUGAUUUUGUGUUGGGUUUGAGA